AUUGAUGUUCCUUCGUUUUAACUGCUUUUAUCAAAAACCUCGAGCGCUAGGGUUUAAGCAUCCAAAUCAGAACGCAAAUACAAACCGCACCAGGGACUACACUCUUCACUUUCAACGUUGAAGCCUUUCCCGCUCUUCAUUCUUCAUUCCUCCAUUCAAUAUAGUUUUGUUGCUUUCUAACCCAACAGUAGCACAUAACUAUUUCUGUUAUGGAUUCCCAACACAGCGCCGCCACCACGACCAACAACACCGAUGGUGUUCCACUCGCCGAUACAAACGGGUCGGGUCUCGAUCCGAAUUCCAAUGGACCCAUAAAGUCGAACUGUGAAAAGGUUGAGACUUUGGGGUGCGCCAUUGAGGAAGCCGUAGAGAAAAUCAGCUUAUUGGGUGCCUCUGAAGCAGAAGUUAAAGCUGAAAUUGAAGCCGAGAGUGAAAGUGAUGAAGAGUCUGAGAGUUCCACGUCAUCAUCGUCGGAGUCUUCUUCUUCAAGUUCUGAGGAAAGCGGUAGCGGGGAUAGUGACAGUGAUGAUGAUGAUGAGGAGGAGGAAGAGAAUGGGGAAGAUGCUGAUGCUGACGUAGAAGUUGAAGAAGGUGAGAUUGAUGGUUCCGAUGAUGAUGAUGAUGGAGAAAAGAUGGUUAGUUGGAUCAUGGAAGAUGAUGGUGGUGACGGUGAUGAUGAUGAAGCUGAUGUUGGAGGAGGAGAACCCAUUAAAUCAAAGAAUGAACUUGAGGAUCUCCCUCCAGUACCCCCGAUUAAUGUGAUCUUAGAACCAAGUCAUCAGAUGCGGCCAGUGGGAGUUGUUAUGUCGAAACUCGGUGCUAAGGUCAUUGUGGAAGGAGUUGAGAAGCAUGAUCCUCUUAGCGAAGGUUCUAUCCUCUGGAUAACUGAAAGUAGAAAACCACUAGGAUUAAUUGAUGAAAUCUUUGGACCAGUCAAAAACCCAUAUUAUGUUGUGAGGUACAAUUCCGAAAAUGAAGUACCAACUGAGGUCCAAGGGGGAACCUCAAUCUCAUUCGUCCCUGAAUUCGCCAAUUAUGUGCUUAAUAACAAGGAUCUUUACAAGAAAGGUUAUGAUGCAUCUGGUGCAAACGACGAAGAGUUGUCCGAUGAAUUAGAGUUUUCAGAUGAUGAGAAGGAAGCGGAAUACAGGAGAAUGCAAAGAAUGGCCAAGAGAGGUCCAAAUGAUCAAAAUCCUAGUAAGAGUAAACAUAAUAAAAAGAAGGUUUCACCACAAAAGCAUGCGGUAACUUCCAUCCCCAAAGCAUCUGCUCCACCUGCCGCACCACCUCAUGAUCGCAGAAAUUGUUUACCUUUUCCAGGCCAAGGACAAGGCCCUUUUGCCGGAACUUCUGCAUUUCCACCAUUUCCGAUUCCAAACUCAAACGCAGGUCCUAACAUCCCACCCAAUGGAGUUUGGACAAAUGGGGCAACACUUCUGCAGCAGCCAUUGCCUACUGUUAUUCCUAACAUAUUUCCAACGAAUGGCAUGCCUUGGUGCCCGCAAAACACUCAAUUUCCUCAUCAGUUGCCAAUGGCAAUGCCCGGAGUUCCAUUUCAACAGCAGUUGCCUCAGGGAGCAAUGUUGCCUGGGGUGGUCCAGCAAAAUAUACUUGCACAAGCCGCCAUAUAUGCGCAGGGGCUUAUGGCUCAAAACCAAAUGGCAUUUGGGUUGAACUCCCCACCCUUCCCGCAGAUUCAGCAACCACCUAUGGUGCAACAGGGUUUUCCACACAAUGAAUUGUCGGCACAAUCUAGUCCUAAUCGAGGUGGUCCUCCUCAAUUUCAUCCGGGUGCAUCUGCUAGUAAUAAUGGAGGGAAAACAUUUCAUGGUGGUGGUAGGGGUGGUAGGAAAGGAUGGAGACCAGCCAAGUGAAGGUUAUUGUGUUGUGUGCUCGUAGCACAUUCCAAUAAGUUGGGGCUUGUAAAUUUGAUGAAAACCUAUCCUUUUAUUUUUUUUUUAAAGAAAAGAAUGAAUUCAAUGAGCUCUUGAAAUAGAAGAGGUCUAAAACUUUAGUUACAUGUAUAAUUAGUAGUUUUGGAAGUGUUUGCCUUGAAUAGAUUCGGAAUGGAUUUUUGUUUGCGAAA